CAUCGAGCCGCGACAAUUUUUAGAAGACGCUGGUGGUGUAGUGCUCGAGCAAGUGCGAGAUAUUGUACAAAGACACGAUAGUGUGAAAGUGAACACUGCAUUUAACGGUGAAUUUGUGACGGGCGAUAAACGCGCGAACAAAAGUAUAAACACUAAAAAUAGUGAACUCUUUCGAGUGUCAAAUUUGGACGAGUGGUACGAGCAGUACGUUAUCGAACCCACGUUGGCGUCGCUCGAAGAAUUCCAAGAACGCGACAGUGGAUGGGCGUUGUCGCGAAUUCUAAAUUUAACUGUAAACGUGAACAAAUAUAAUCCAAUGCACGCGGGAUGUUACAUCGAAUUACCGCGAGAAAUUAUGUUAAAGCGAGCGGUGAUCAAUGUACGAUCCAAGGACAAUGCCUGUUUCGCGUGGUCGGUGGUCGCGGCUCUGCAUCCGGCUGAAAGGAAUACAAAUCGGGAAUUGUCGUACCCGCAUUAUAUGGUGUUAAAUUUGCAAGACAUUACGUUUCGGAUGACGUUGAACCAAAUUAAGAAGUUCGAACAUCUCAACGACAUCUCAAUCAACGUCUACGUCUAUAUCAAGGAAAAGGAGAUUCUCCCGAUACGGCUGACCUUAAGGAAGAUGGAGAAGCACCCAAAUCUAUUGUACGUGCAGAAUCCGCGCGACGACAACGCGGGACACUUUGCGUACAUCAAAGAUCUGUCCCGUCUUGUGAGCUCGCAACUGAGUAAAAAAGAACACAAAAAAUACUUUUGCGACAGAUGUCUACAUUACUUCAGUUCAUCUGAAAGAUUGCAGUCACAUACAAUGGACUGCGAAAAGAUGAACGAUUGCGCCAUCCGACUGUCGAGUGAAGACGACAAGUGGCUCGAAUUCAAGAAUCACACGAAUAAGGAACGACUUCCAUUCAUCGUUUACGCGGACUUGGAGUGCGUACUACGGCAAAAGGAACCGGCAGAGAGGGAAGACGCAUCGUACAUCUACCAGCAGCACGAGGUAUUUAGCUUCGGAUACUACGUGCGAUGCUC